AUGUGUCAGAUUUUGUGGCAGCGGGGAGGAGGGGGGGUAGUUGGGGGCCACGAGGGUCCAAAUUUGGGGCACAAGCCCGGAGUCGAACAAGUGAAGGUAGAAAAGGGGUGGAGCCUGGUGACGCAGGUGAUGGGAGGAGCCAGGGAGGGCUCCCCCGUCUAUGUGACCUCUGGGUGCCCCUCGGCUUGCUUCUGGAGCUCAGCGGUGGCCCUCAGCCCAUCCUCCGCCAUGAGCUCCUGGCCAAUUUUUUUCCUCCGAUGGCUGGGAAAGGGACGCAAGAAAGGCAAGACUCGGAGCAAGAAGGAAAAACGAGUGGCGCGGGUUCAAGAGGACACUUUCGGCCGGGCUACAGUCCGCAGUUUGGGGGGCUUCGCCCUGGGGAUGACCCUCUCUGCAGCCUAUGGGGCCUUGGUUAUUUUUGGCCAAGGCUACAGCAUCUGGUAUUGCCUGCUCUCCACCAUCACCUUGGCCAUCGUCCUCGGCCUCGGCAUGGCGUUUUCCUUCAAAGUCCGAGUGACCGUCCUCCUCAUGCUUCCUCAAUUUUUUUCCAAAGAAGGGAAGAUGGUUCUGAUACUCCUGGCGUUCGGGAUGGCUAUGGAAGGGCCCUUCGCCAACAUCAUCCGGAAUUUCAACCGGAGCGCUGACACCGUCUCGUGUGGGGCGGAGCUGGCCCUCAACCAGACGGCGGAAAUGCUGCAGCGAGCUCGCGAACCUCUGAUCAAUGCCUUAAAGAAAAUCAAGGAUAUUGCCAGAAAAGCCAAAGUGGUUGGAGACCGUGUCCGAAAACUUUUCCGAUCGGUCAUGGAUGCGGUGCGGCAUGUCGCUCACUGCAUGCGCAACGUUUGGUACUUCCUUCUCCACAUGGGCGACGUUUGCAACGAGGAGAUGGGCCGGCCGUAUCAGAAAUGUGUCCGCAUCUUUGACAGUGCCAAAGACCGGUGUGAACGGGCUGUCCCGUUCCUUUCCUUUCUCUGCCACAUCGUCCUUCUCUUCAAGUACCUCUGCGGAUUGGCGAACAUCCUUCUGGUUUUCUGCGUCAUACCGGAGUACAUUGUGCCGUUUCUGCGUCGCAAGGUUGCAGAACCCGUCGUGGCCAUGCUGAAUCGCGUGCGGGCCGAGUUCGAAUUCAACAUCACCACCAUCCACCAGUACGAGGUGAGCGUCAACGCCAGCAAGAAGCUCUCGGAGGUGGCCUUCGACAUCAUGGAAGAAGUGUCCGAGCGCCUGCAACCGGUGCGGGAAGCGGUGGGACUUUUCGGCUACAUGUCUACUCUGGUCAUGCUCUAUAUGUACCUCGGGGCUCUCCUGUACCGAAAACAUUACCUGCACGAGGACAGUUUCGACAAUAUUUAUAUCACCGAAUCCUUUCUCGAAAUGGACGCCGUGCGGAGGAAAACCAAACGUCCGUCCGUGCUGCCCUUAUCGCCGAAGGAAAGCACCAAAUACAUCCGGCCAACCUCCCUGGUGUUACCGCGCAAGGAGCAGAUCGCCUACGCUCUGGCCCUGGCCCGUAUCUGUCGCCAGUUUAUCCUGGUGAUUCUGCUCAUCGUGGGGGACUUCUCCGUCUACUGGCUGUUCGACUUGGUGCGCUACCAUCUGGUGGGCGAGAUCACCGCGAGAGCUCCAGUGCUGACCACGAUCACCGUGAACGGCUCCGGCUACACCAGUGAAUUGUAUCGUGACUUGGUCUCCUCCUUCGACGUGCUCCAGGAGGGGAAUAUUAGCGUGGUGUCCCCAAAAUGCCGCCUGCACCCAUCGGAGCCCGACUACAACGGUUACCUCGUGAUCGGCCUCAUGUACGGGAUCUGUUUCUUCAGUGCCCUCUUCGGCACGUACAUACAACGUAUGCGGCGAGUUCUUUGCGCGUGGUAUUAUCCAUCUCGGGAACGGGAACGAGUUUGCUACCUCUACAAUACGAUUUUGACUCGGAGGACCAAACUGAUGAGCGCUGUGGUUAGGGCCGUACGGCAAAAUUCGGCGGAUGAAGGACACCAAAAUAUUUUACUCGUCUUUGCAUCAAAUGGUCAGAGGCCCGCAAAUCACAACCCGGUGGACAAACUCACCGAAAAGCCACACGAGAAUCGCGUUGUGUUCUUUUUUUCCCCCUUUGCGUGUCCUUCUUUCACACACUUUCUCACAAACGCACACAUGCCGCUUGUCUCCUGCCACAGGUUCCGCCUGUGUCGCUGGCUGGUUAAGAUCUUGGGGGUCCACGAAGCGUAUUGCAUGGGUUGCGGGAAGAUCCAGCGAUGGGCGGAUGGUGAGGACUUUGUGACGUGCAUCACACCAGCCUGUCGAGGGAUCUACUGCCCUGAAUGCUACAGGAUUCUCAAUAACACCUGCUCCAUCUGUAUGGCCCCGCUCACGUACCAGGGUGACAUAGACGAGGAAAUAGAUUCAAGUGAUGAAGAGGCAAUGGUGCUCUGGACGAACGCAGUCCGUGCGUUGCGCGGAGUCCCGGAUGAGAAACGACAGAAGCAGCGCAGGUUGUUGAAGACGCGGAUCAUGCGGGCGGUGAAAGGAGAAGGAGGCCAUCUUGACUUCAGUUACCAAAACGAGGCCGAGAUAAGCAGCGCCGAGGAAUUAGAAGAGGCUGCUUAA